AUGGAAAUCACAAAAAUGAUCGAGCGUAGAAAAAUUGACAUCUGCUGCCUUCAGGAGACCCGAUGGAAAUCGAAUGGUGUUUGUCAUGUCAACUCAGACAAAGAAAAAUAUAAACUAUUCUGGAAUGGUCAAAAGACGGCCGAAUAUGGUGUUGGAAUUUUUGUCAAAACCGCUAGCCCAAGAAGCUGCGUUGACACCAUUUCAACAAUACCAAAAUCUGAAACAAUCGUGAUUGGAGGCGAUCUCAAUGGCCACGUUGGAGAGAAAACAGAUGGUUUUGACAACGUACAUGGCGGUUUUGGCUAUGGAGAACGGAAUGAAGAUGGCAACCGCAUCCUUGAGUUUGCUGAAAGUCACGGGUUUUUUUAUUGGACACAUAUUUUAGAAAGAGCACUUAACUUAAAUGAAAAUUUCAAUUCUUUUCCCAAAUGCCAUUUAUUUGAGAACGAAAAUGAUUUUGUUAGAAACAUUUCCAAUCCAAUUGAAACUAGUGAAACUUAUAAAUGA